AUGGGCCCGCGGCUUCUGCUGCCGCUGCUGGGGCUGCUGCUGGCGCCGGGCGGCGCCGUCCCGGCCUGUCCCGGGAUUUCCUCGGAGCCGCCGCUUUUUCCCGGGAAGGGCCAAUCCCGGCCGCUCUCCGAGGGCCUCCGGCGCUUCCGCUGGAGCCGGCAGGACGCCUCGCAUCCCGGGAAACGGGAGGAGCUCGCCGGGAAAACGGCGGGAAUUGCCGGCUCUUCCCGCUUUUCCGACGAGGCCGAGGACGGGAAGCGCUCCUAUUCCAUGGAGCACUUCCGCUGGGGAAAACCCGUCGGGCGCAAGAGGAGACCCGUCAAGGUCUACCCCAACGGAGCCGAGGAGGAAUCGGAGGAGAAUUCCCGCCCGGAAUUCCGCAGGGGAGAAUCAUCCGAGGAGGAGGAGGAAGAAUUCCCGGAAUUCCCGUGGGAUUCCCGGAAGGAGAAGCGUUACGGCGGAUUUAUGAGCUCGGAGCGGAUCCGGACGCCGUUGGUGACGCUCUUCAAGAACGCCAUCGGGAAGAGUUUCGCCAAGGAUGGGCAGUGAUGGGAAAAAAUCCCGGGAGAAUCCCGGGAAAAAAAUCCCGGGAAAAUCCCACGGGGAAAAAUUCCCGGAAAAUCCGGGGAAAUCCCCCGGGAUUCGCGGCCCCCGUAGCGUCCCCUUAGCAAUUCAUCCUUCCUAAUAAAAAAUCCCGGGAUUCUCGGGCGGGAAUUCCCGGGUUUGGGAGUUCUUGGAAUUGGGGCGGAUCCCGGUUGGGAAUUCUUGGAAAUAUUGUAAAGGAGGGAUGGAAAAUUCCCAAAAAAAAAUAAAAAAAAAAAGCUACGGA